AGAAGGGCAGCUCGGUCAUCUGUCUCACCGGUGAAAGAAAGAUCGGAAAAAGUUUCGGAAGAGAAGUUUGACAAUGGCGCCGGAACCUGAAGAAGAAAUCAAUGAGAAAAAUCCACGGCCUCUCGAUGAAGACGAUAUUGCUCUUCUUAAAACUUACGGUCUUGGACCAUAUUCUACUAGCAUAAAAAAAGUGGAGAAGGAAAUCAAAGAAAUGGCUAAGAAAGUUAAUGACUUAUGUGGUAUUAAAGAGUCAGACACUGGUUUAGCUGCACCCAGCCAAUGGGAUCUGGUUUCUGAUAAACAGAUGAUGCAGGAAGAGCAACCUCUACAAGUUGCAAGGUGCACAAAAAUAAUUAACCAGAACUCUGAAGAUGCAAAGUAUGUUAUAAAUGUUAAGCAAAUUGCCAAGUUUGUCGUCGGGCUGGGUGACAAAGUUUCUCCCACCGAUAUAGAAGAAGGCAUGCGUGUGGGGGUUGAUCGAAACAAAUAUCAGAUUCAGAUUCCCUUGCCCCCAAAGAUCGAUCCAAGUGUAACCAUGAUGACAGUGGAAGAGAAGCCAGAUGUUACAUACAAUGAUGUUGGUGGAUGCAAGGAGCAGAUUGAAAAGAUGAGAGAAGUUGUGGAGCUGCCGAUGCUUCAUCCCGAGAAAUUCGUGAAACUUGGCAUUGAUCCUCCUAAAGGUGUUCUUUGCUAUGGUCCUCCUGGGACAGGCAAAACACUCCUGGCUAGAGCUGUAGCGAACAGAACCGAUGCUUGCUUCAUCCGUGUAAUUGGAAGUGAGCUUGUCCAGAAAUACGUUGGUGAGGGGGCUCGCAUGGUUCGAGAGCUUUUCCAGAUGGCCCGUUCAAAGAAGGCUUGUAUCGUCUUUUUCGAUGAAGUGGAUGCCAUUGGAGGUGCACGUUUUGAUGAUGGUGUGGGUGGAGACAACGAGGUUCAGAGGACCAUGCUUGAAAUUGUGAAUCAGCUUGAUGGAUUUGAUGCUCGAGGGAACAUCAAAGUUCUAAUGGCGACAAAUAGACCUGACACCCUAGAUCCAGCACUUCUACGUCCUGGUCGGCUUGAUCGUAAGGUAGAGUUUGGGCUACCUGAUUUGGAGAGUAGGACACAGAUUUUCAAGAUUCACACACGGACAAUGAAUUGUGAAAGAGAUAUUCGGUUUGAGCUUCUCGCUCGUCUUUGCCCCAACUCUACCGGUGCUGACAUAAGGAGUGUCUGUACUGAGGCGGGGAUGUUUGCCAUUCGGGCACGAAGGAAGACAGUAACUGAGAAAGACUUUCUUGAUGCUGUGAACAAGGUCAUCAAGGGCUAUCAGAAGUUCAGUGCUACACCCAAGUAUAUGGUGUACAACUGAUGAAGCUGUUAACGAGUGCAUUUUCAUAAAUG